AUGCUCAUCCUCGUCCUUAUCAGUCUUAUUAUUAUAGCUGCAGAAGAAGAAAGCUCGUCUGACAACGAGUCUCCAGCUGCAGUUGAAAACAAUAACAUCGAUGAAGGCGUGAAAAAGAAUGAAGGCCCAAUUCCGCAAGAAGAAGUUAUUUUCACCAUCGCCCCUAAACCUUCUGAUACUGGUAAUGCGACUGAAAAUUGCCAAAAGCAUCGUGAUAAGGUACCAUGUUUGUGUGCAAUGUUCAAUACUUCAUGCUCUUUGCCUCGAAUAAAAGAACUGUGCCCCAAGACAUGCCUCUGUAACAAAGUUUUGAAUGCAGUACCAAUGCAAAUUCCGACGGAAGGUGCUUGCGAAGAUCGCAGAUCGGAUUGUGAAGAGUUGGCAGCGAAAAAUUGUUGCAAUAAAGCAACAAUGGAAGCACGUAUGAAGGAACUGUGUCCAAAAUCUUGUGGAUCUUGCACGUAA